GCGCCGAACGUCGAACCGAAUGCAUGUGGUGUUCCUCAUUUUUUGUCCGUUGCCUUUUCGGUUACUUUUUUAAACAUCGUCGCAAUUCGCUCGUCAUUUGUUCACGAAUCGUCAGUGAGAAAAAACCAAUGAAAAAGUGACGCUCGACUUUAUCGACCGGUUUCAUAGUGUACAGUGUCACUGUGAGAGUUUGACAUUUAUUGUUGGAUACAUUCUCCGCUGCUAACUCGCCUCGAUUCGAUCGUUGUCGAUGAUCGUGUGCAACGAAAAGGAAGACAUUCUUCCACCGCUCAAAUCUACUUUGUUUUCACGCACAAUUGACAGCAUGCGUUUGAGUGAUGGUGGAUAGCAUUUCUCUGACAAACAUGUGUCAGUGAAACGACGUUUGCUCAGGAGACCACGUGACCAGUGUUGGAAGGUUAUGUGAACAGCGUCUUUACAGAAAUCGCGAUACUCUGAUCUAUCGAACAUCGAUACUCACACGUUAUGUGAUAAUCGACGUAUGACAUCGACAUCAAAUUAGUGAGCAAUCGCCAUUAUAAGUAACGGUUAAUUCGUUCUUGCGUUUUAUUGAGAUUAUAUUAACGAACUGAAUGAGAUUACAUUAGUUUGUGAUACGGUGUAUAUGUUGAAAAUUUCACCUAUUUUAUGCUUAAUAUGCAUGACACGGUGAAACGGACCGGCUCGAUACUCAAGGUCGUCGAUUUGAAUUCGACGAAUUUGCGAUCGUUCUUCGACGCGUGAUUUUCUUCUGUUUACGCGCUACUUUUAUACUUUCGUCCCUUUGAAAGUGUCCAACUUGACUUAAUUCUCGCUCAUUGGUGAGAAAGCGCUUGUGAUGUGCUGGUGUUUGUGUCACGUCGACUGAGAGCUUACACGGUGUGCGCCGAAUGUCAAGACGAUAAUUGGUGCUGUCUUGAGGUCGAGUGACUCGUGUCAUCAUGUUGACAAUUGUUUUGCUGCUCCUUUUGGGUCAACCGGUUAUACCGGCGGAAUACUUGGUGUGCGUUGUUCUGUGAAUGGACUCUGGUUCAAUCUUGCGACUCAGAACGGUGCUGCAGAAUUCCCGAGGAAGAGAAGAGGGACGACGCGACGAUUUGACGGGUGCAGAAAAAUAAAAGAAAAGAAAAGGAAACGAAUGGAGAAAAUAUUAACCCGGCCAAGACGAAAGUCAGUGUCUUCUUGGCUGAUUUGACAUUUUCGUGUGCGCGCGCGCGUGUGUGCCUGCGAGGUCUGUGUUUUCAUCGCUUCAAAACGGAAGCUCGGAAGAAGAGAAAUGGGAAUAUUGGGAAAAUUGCUUUCGUCGGUGUCCCUGGUGUCCAUCUGGUGUCUGCUGAUCGUCGAACCAGGCAAGGUUCAGAGGGAACAGGAUCAUCUGGCCUUGUUAUUAGGCACCCUGAAGACCUAUCAGCGCGCAGCUUGUGACGAGGAGUCGAUGACACUGAAGUGUCCACUAGGUACCACCAUCUCUGUCGUUCUAGCUCAAUAUGGUAGAGCAGGAGCAAAUGGAACCGAUAGGUGUAGCUCCUCUGAUCCAUCCAUGUACAUUGGGGACAGACAAACGAAUCAGACUUGUAUCUGGCCGCAAUCGCUGCAGUACUCACUGUUGCAGACGGUUGUGGAUGUUUGUCACAAGAAGAGGCAGUGCAAGUUCAACACCAGUCCAGAAACCUUUCAGGGUGAUCCGUGUCCUGGAUUGCCGAAAUACAUCGAAGUCGCCUACCAAUGCCGUCCUUACGAGUUCAGAAGUAAAGUUGCCUGCGAGAAUGACGUCAUCAAUCUUGUCUGCCACCCUGGACAAAGAGUUGCCAUUUUCAGCGCAUCGUUCGGCAGAACGGAGUACGAAUCCCUUCAAUGUCCUCAGCCGCACGAUGUGAAAGAAGAAACUUGUAUGGCAUCGUACGCGACGGAAACCGUGAUGAAUUUGUGCCAUGGGAAACGUCGCUGCUCGGUGGUGGCAAACAGUUCGACGUUCGGUGAGCCUUGCAAUCCGGAAAGCAGAACGUAUUUGAAAGUUGUCUACACGUGUGUACCACGAGCUGUGUUGAAAGAACAAUACCAAGGCGACGUGGAAAUGGACGAGGUGGAUUUGAUGCAUCAAUUUGAGGAGGGAUUCGACAGGGCGGACUUCAGGGCUGAGUUCAGUCCUAGUCCGAACCUCGAAGGGCCACAAUCUCAGCCUAGGGACAACAUCUCCCGGAAUUUCCCUACGGUCAGCUCAUCCCCGCCGCGAGCCAGAACUAACAACGACGUGGACACACGAACGAACAAGUUUAAAUCGAUUGGUAUAGGAGCGAAAGACUCGCCCCUAACACCUACAGUUAUGCAAGGGAUGAUUAUGUUCGACAACAAUGUGGCUGAUGUUACUACCAGCAGUACGAUGUCACCGAUUAAUUGCACCACGGUAGUCUACGCCUUUCCGGAAGAGGAUCGUGUCGUUGUCGGAUAUAUCAAUGAAUGGAUCAAUGCCUAUUCGUUUAUAUCGAAAAAUCAAGAAAAGUUCUACCUCUACAUCAUAGUGUCGGUCACAGCCGGUAUUUUAAUUUUCCUGGGCUUGGUAAUUGGACGACUUCUUGUCAGUCGUCACCGUGCAAAAAGAGAUGCGAAAUUCCAUGCAAAUAACGAAGCGCUUCCAAAUGGAUUCACCGAUGACAUUUCGGAGAUCGACGCGGAUAUUGAUCUUACCACGCCGGUACCAGUCCCAAUGCAAGACACAAGGAUUCCAGAGACUCAGCUAGCCGAGAGGCUCCAUGGCGAUCGUUACUACGCGGAAACCAGGAUACCAAUGUCGCCCACCACGAUUCACCCAGCGCCAGGACACUACCCUGGCAACACAGGUGUCAGGGUGGAUCUAGGUAACCAUAUGGUGGGCACAGAUAGCCUCCAUACGAUUCUGCGUCCAGAAAAUCCACGAAGCAUGAGCACGAAAAGCUAUUACUACGGCUGACAGGAGGAAGGGGGUGUCCCGCGCGAGGGACGACCCCCGUCCUUGAGCCCGGUACCAGAAGUGAGCACGCGGAAGUACUGCUUUUAAUCGAGAGACCGAUUUUCUAUGGAACAGCGAACGAAGCCGCUGUAAAAAGCAGGCGUUCCAUACUAACGAACGCUAACUCGUCGUCGAUUGGAAUCGUUGUUUUUUCGAGCGAAAAUCAAGGAGGCCUUCGUCUUGGUACCGGAAACGAGCACGUGGUGGUGACCCUCUUUUCAUAUAUAUCAUCAUUUCUUUCUUCUCCAAUAUUGAACUUUCAAAAGAAACCGGGAAAUUUGAUGAAAAAUUCGAUUUCCACGAGAGAGAAAUCAGAAGAGAAUAGAAUCGUACCACAGUUUCCUUGAAGAUUAUUUCAAUUGGUGUUUUCAAGGAAUAUGCAUGGUUCGUGCGCUUUUAAUACCGGAAUUGACGGUAUUUGAUUCGUGCAGAUCAACUUCAUGAAACAGAUGGAAAUUUAGUUGGAUGCUGAGCGUUGGGAGUGGACAAACUUGUUAUCUUUCGCCGUGGAAUUGUUCUACGCGUGCCGCUGCCCGACACCGGAAGCGAACGAGAGCUUGGCCACUGAGGUGGGAACUUUAACGAGAGCGUUGUAAAUACGACGUCGGUGUACUGAUAGUUUCACCUAUUUCUAUGGAAAUUCUAAUGAGAAGCUCUGUUAGAAAUAAAAAUUCAUUUGAGCGAAGAUUCCUUCAGACAACGAUCGAGGACAGGGAUAUUAAAAAAAGAAAACCCUUAUUGUUUGUUGGAGAUGAUGUUAUUAAAAAUAGUACUGUUUUUGAUAAGAAACUGCGAUUAUAAAAGGCUGGAUUAUCGAUUAGGAGGUAUAAGUAAAUACGUUGAAUAUAAAUGACGGAAAUAGAACGUUUUUACGCGGGCAGCAUCCGUUUUUGCGAUCGAUACCGGAAGUAAAUAUCUGCAAUGUCGUCGUGUAAGAUGAUUAUGAUUGUAAGUAGAUUUUGAUAUCGGAAUUGAGUAAAAAGAAUUGUGUGAAGUGGGGGAAAAGGAAGAAAGUAACAAUCGAUACCGAAAAAAGAUUUAUUCUGGUCUAUAGUUUAGAACUCAACCCAGACAGCACAGAGAAGCUUUAUGGAUGUUUUAAAGAAAUCUAAUAAUGUCAUUUUCAAAUAUCUCAAAGAUAUCCUUUAGCGCCUUAAAGAGAUUAUCAUCUUACACUAAACUUUUCAAGAUACUGACAUAUUUAUUUAUUUUAUCUUAGUCAGAAGAAUAAUUAUAUUAAUAAUACUUAUAUUACAAUAAUAGCUAUUUGUAUAGACAUCUUUAAGUCGAAAAAUUUGGACAAACUUAUACUUCGUGUGCUGUGUGGGAAUGAUUAUUUAAUUUGCGAUUGAAUUCUGAUAUGUUUCAGUUUUCAUUAUGAGAAAGCUCGAUAAUGAAAAAGAAAAUAAAUAUAUAUAAAUUGCAAUUAUAAUUUAACGGGACAAAGAAUUUUUUUAUCAUUUCUUCUAUUUUUAAAGCCAAUAAUUAGAAUUCUAUAUCAUACAAAUUUUCUGCAUGAAUUAUUUCCAUUAGUAGAUCAAGAUUGAAAUAUUUUAGUAAGAAUUUCAUGAAAAUGAAAAAGGAGUAUCACUGCCUAUGGAACAGUAAUAAGAAUAAUAAUAAAUCUGCAAAAAAGGCGGAUCAGUAUCCUAUGUGUACGUACAAUAAUUUGUCAUUCAAGAAUCAAGUUUUUCUAACGAAAAUCACGCACACACUUCUUUAAAAGAAAAAACAAUACAUAUCUGCGCCAUCUCUGUACAGCAAUAAACAAUCGCAACUUUUUCCAUUCGAAAGAUCAUUUCUCCUUGUCGAAAGAUCGAGAAGACUGUCUGAAAAAUAUAUAUCACUGCCUAGUCGAUGAGAAAAUGAAAUACGGGUCCUUUCUUGUUAACCAGAUUUUCUUAGAUUUUUCUCAAACCGGACUAUGCUACCGACGUUGUCACACUUAAAGAUGAUUCAUGUGAUAGGGACAAAUGUUGAUAGCGUAAUGGUCUUGAUAAUAAUUUUUCUAGUACGAACUUGUAGCAUAUUUCUCUUGUUGGAAAGAAAGAAUAAAAGAAUAGAAAAUUAUGUGUGGCUCAAAAUAUAAAUUUAUAUGUUAGUAUUUUCUUACGAAUUCGUCUAUAAAUUUUAUGAAUAAUUAGAAGGUGCUUUAAAUCUAACAUGAACUUCACAAAUAUGGCUUAUGAAUUUUUACUAUGAACACAUUAUUAUGUUUUAGCAGAUUAUAUUUAGAAAUAACUUCAAAAUUAUAAUUCUUUCUAAACAUUAAUGAAAAUUUUAUAAUUAAGUAUUUGAGCGACGCAUAACAUCAUCGUCAUCUACAAUGAAGACAUUUACAUUAUUAGUCGGUAGUAUUAUUUAGAUUUCUUUCGAUUAAAGCUCAGUGCACCGGAACUAACAGUCAGCGAUCAGAGGAUCAAUAUUGUAAUCGAUGGACGAACGAACACAACACGAUCGAACGACACGAAUCGACGAUCGAUCGAUCUUCCUAGAAUAACAUCAAUUUCUAAUUAGUACCGUAAGAAAAAUAAAAAAUGAACCAAAAAAGUAAAUUAAAAAAAGAAAGGGAAGGAAAACAAAAACUAUGUGGAUCGAACGCUUAAUUUCUAUCUAAAUUGAUUGAAAUCGGGAUUCACUAUGAUCGAUGGUUAACCGUGUAUUUCUAAGAAAACAGGAAAUCGAUCGAUCUCAACGAAGUUACAGCGGUUUUGUAUCUCGAAUACACGCAACAAAAAAAAAAAAAAAAAAAAAGGAAAAAAACAAAUAAAAUGAAACGCACCGCGAAACGACUUUUAUAGAGAAACGAUCUGUAUGUAUAUCACGCUGUAAAUAGAAACAAUGUAAUUUACGGUAAUUGUUAAGAAAUUCAAGCAAAGAGAGAGGGAAAGAAAGAAUGUGUGUUGUAUGAAAGAGAAUAUUGUACCUAGAUCGAAAGUGUAAUGUAAUCGGAGGUUUCGUAGUUAACAACUUACUCUCUGUGCCAUUGUAUCGAUUUUACGAAGGAACGAAAGCUUUUAGUUGUAUUUUUAAUUAAUCGAAAAUAGGUCCUUCAACUGGAAUUUUGUAUAGUUCGAAGGAAUUAACUUUAUUAAGUGAGGAUUCACAGUGCCAUUCGUUCUCGCAUAUGAUAUUAGGUUCUUUUUAUUUAGAUGUAAACCGACAUUUAUUUUAAGACGAUAGUAUAAGUAAUAAUUAUUCAUUUGUAUAUUAAUUCUUACGCUGUAUGUUUGUACACUCAUCGGGGCGCUAUCGCAAAUAACGAGGAUGGAGUAUAUUUAAUAUUUAAGAAUUAUAAGGUUAACAUUCUAGUAAUUGAAUAGCUCAUUGAAGUUGCAUAACGAGAAUAGCACGAGAAACAGAAAUUUCUUAUAUACUUGUAUACUUGUAUAUUUAUAUUUUUGUAUACUUGUAUUUAAGAAGAAAAAUGUAGAUUAUAUAAAAUCACAUUUUACUCCGAAAAAAGUGAUUUUAGGUUCUCACAUUGGUUUCUUUAUUUCUUACAUUCAUGUUAGGUUUUUCACGUCUUAAAAUUAUAUAUGAACUUUUAUGCUUUAGUAUUCUGUAUAAUUGCAUACAUUUUGAAAUAUUCUUUCCGAUUAAAAUUCGUAUUAAAUUUCAUUAACUUUCUUUUAUUCGACCAAAACAUUCGUAUUAAAAGUAUAAGAGAUGAAAAUGAAGCAUGAUACUCAUUGACAAUAACGGAAUUAAAAUAAACACAUUUUAGUCUCAGAGUUCAAUACGCCAAUUUCAAUUCAAGCUUUAUUUCCAUCGCUGAAACAUAUUUCGAGAAAGAUGAUUCUCUCACGCGACUAAGCGGCCGACUAUAACAAUGUACCCCGUAACAACAAUGGAACAGUUCACACAACUUUUCGUGCAACAAACGAUUUUACAACUGGUUGAAUCCAACAAUAGACCAUGCAAUAAACAAUAAUCAAAUAUCUGUACCAAGCAAUUAAUUCUACAAAAUGGCUUACUUUUGCUGGCUAUAAACUACCAUAACAUGCUAAAAAUGGAAGCUUAGAAAAUAAUUAUUUACUAAAUACAUGGUAUAAUAAGAAAGAAAUAUAGACUCUAUAAAACGAUGAUCAAAUUUCUGUCAUUUUUCAUUCUUAACUGUUAAAAUCCAAGAUCGUUUGAAUUAUUUUGAGUUCUGAUACUUUCGAAAAACAUGUGCGUUAUGUAAAGUACCUACACGAUAUCAAUGAGCUAAUCAAUUAUUAAUUCGAAAGGCGUGCGAAGAAAUCCGUGUUGUUCUGCUGAUUAGAUCGCGCGGUGGAGAUAUAACCUGCCAUGGCCGUGUUUUUAAUUGAUUUGGCUUAAUUAAGCCACUCGUGCGGGAUUGUGGCAAGUCGCACUGGUUUCCAGGAAAAUUCUAAUUCCCUUUUAUUCUCACUUCUCAAAUAUUUCGCGUUUCUACACGUUCUUUCUUCCAUCGCUCGAUCCUCCCAUAUUUUUCAACUUGACAGGAUUUUUCAUUUUCUUAAAAAUACGUAUUCUAUUCUGAUUCAUCGUCAUGAAAGUUCAAUAAGUCGAUUAGACAAUGGUACAGGUGGAUUAACAAAAAUUUUAUUGCGUAUUUAACUAAUAUCUAUAUCUCUUUUUUAAUCAAAUUUUGAUUAAUUUAGAAAAUUGUAUUAAUGUAGUAGAAGUUUGUGUAUAUUGUUUUAUGAAUUUGGUUCAGAUUGGAGAAACGUUUGAGAACCUCUUUUGUCAGGUUCUCUUAAAAUUUCAUACAUUAGCAAGAUUCUUCUCCAGAGAAAACUAUGUCUUUUAAUAUUAUAUUCUGUAGAGGAGAUACGAUUUUACAUAGUCAAAUUUAAAGUGUAUUAUUAUUCCAUGUUUUAUUAUUUCACUGGAUAUUGCAUUUAAAAUAUUUAUUUGUAAAUCAAACGUUUCCUUUUUAUUCGCACAACUCGUCUUUUAUAAUUCGAUGCGUAUUAUUAUGUAUGGUAUGUAAAUGAAUUUGAUUGUUUCUUGUUUUGUUAUUAACAAUCAUUCUGAUGAUCGAGUUUCACGCGCGCAGGAGGAUAAAUUUCAAGUAAUUUGCCGUGAGUUGAAAACGUCCCAUUGGUACUGGCUCAACGGAAUGAAAGAUAUGAAACAGAGUAUAGGUACUGAAUGAAACGUUAUGAUGUAUCGAUGUGCAGAGUAUGAAAGGAUUAAUAUCAUAGAUUCACGUAACGCACUCGAUAUUCAAUAAACAUUCUGGUUUUAUAAAUAAUUCUUGUGUAACGUGCACGAUGCAGUAGUAGCAUAUAUUAAUAUCGAUUUGCUUUCUAUUUAUUUAUGCAAAUACUAAUUUUUCGAGUACUUCAUAAACUACUUAAUGUUUUUACGUUUUAAUCUUUUUUUUAAAUAUAUAACAUUACCAAAGAGAUUAACUUUAUUUCUAUUUUGCUUAAGAUACUUACAUAUACUACUUUUUAAGAAUAUUUGUCCUAAUAAUAGAAUAAUUUAAAAUUGAUUAUAAUUACUUUUUAGGUGAUUUUUAGGUGAAUAAUAUUGUUAUAAAUUACCAAGGAGCAUCAACACGAGAAAUAGUAUCUCUUUAUAUUUUACUUGAAAGUAUGAUUACUGUUUCUAUUAAUAUAUUAAACGUUGCGCAGGUUAUUAUUUAUUUCAUGUACCAUUACAUCCAACUCAGAAAGCGUGCAAAAUCAUACCAAAGACAAGUUGUUAAUGCAUCGAUCGAUAGGUGUGUGAUUAUAGGGCUCAGAAAUAAAGACACGAUUUAACUUCAUCUUCAUUUCAAAGAAACCAAUUUCCUAAUUCAAAAAUUACACGAUAUAUAGCAUGUAUGUCUAUAUUUGUUUGAGAGUUUAUCUUCAAUAAAAUAGAUCUUUAAUACUCAAUGUAAUAAUAGGUUUUAAGAACAUUUAAUUUACAAUUUUUCAUUUUUCUCUGUAAUUCUUCUAAAUUAACUAUUAUAUGUAAGAUUGAGUAAAUUUCUCCAAGAUCCACAGCUCCAAAUAAACUACAAAAUGCAUCUAAAAUAGCAAAACCGUGCUUAUUGAAAAAAUUACAAAGUCAUUUUGGAAUAAUUCAAUAACACAAUUUUUUAAAGUAAGGAAACGUCGCCAUGUUUCUUUAUGAAAUGUUUCUUUUCUAUUUCGUGAUCUUUCUUCCUGAGCGAUUCAAAUUACUUUAUUGUCGAGGCGACUUGUUCGAAGCGGAGUGCCUGAUAUCACUUCGCGAGGAGCACUUCCAAGAGGAUUGCGUGCUCGUCAUUGACUUUGCGGAUAAAAUGCAAAUUCCUGUUAAACGAAUCUUUCAAGGAAGUUAGGAGAACACACGUGCUCCAUGUAAUGCAUAGAUGGAACGGAGCACAACGUGAUUUGCCAUGACAGCCGGAAACGGCAUUCCGUGAUGGGGAACAUGCGAUAGGAAGGUUCAUGACCCUGUUGAAAUUGGGGAGAAUUCGGAUAUGAUACAUCAUGGGAUUUUAAAUUUUGAGAUAGAUAAUAUGGCGGUAUUAAUUUCGAGAAAAUGUGCACCGUAUUUCGGUUAAUUUCCGAAAAUCUUGAUCAUGAAAUUACUAGAUCCAUACAAUCGUCUUUCAUACUAUGGUUUGAAGAAUCGUAACAUAACUAUUAAUUCCUAUGAUAUAUCGGCAAAAUGACUGUAUAAGGAAAGCUUCGCAUUAUUUUAUUUCUACAAAUAUAUUAUUAUAUACUAAAAUUCAUAAAAUCACCAACCACAAAAUUACACUAGAAAAAAUUCUAAAGACUUGUGUAUGUAUGCAGAAAUUUGUUAGAGUUUAAAUGUUUGAUUAUAUAAGGAAAUUUCCAUAAUUCUUUUUAGACAAAUUCGAAAGAUUCGUAAAAUAAUUUAUCUGAAAUUGUAGCUUGUUAUUUCGAGAACGUGACGAGACGUUCGCUCUGUUUUCGCAUAAAUCUCGCGCCAUACAUAUUGAUUAACGUAGUAAAACUGAAAGCGAGGGGCGAAAAAGUUUGACAGCAGUUGAGCAAGUUUUAGUAUUUGUGGAAGGAGUCAGGGAUGUAGCUCGAUUCGAUGGAAACUUUUGAACGUUCCAGAGUGGUAGGAUGUAUUUAUUGUUACAAUUGUUCGAUCGGUUCGAUUGAUCGCUCCACGAUUAAACGUUGCGGAAUAAAAACAGCAUGAAUUCCAAAGACAGAAAAGAUCUCUGUAUUUGUAUUAUUCACAGGAAACUUCAUACAUGUCAAAAUUGGAAAAAAAGAGUACAAUUCGUUGUUGUAAAAUCUUGCAUGUAAAACUACAGUGUGGGUUUAAUAUUUUUAAUUGUUAUUUAAAACGAUAAUUGUCAUCAACUGUCAUCAAUAACUAUUUUUUAUAUCGUAUCACGAAUAAUGCACGCAAAAUACGGAGUAACUGCUCAUUUUCAACAGAUCGAUAAAUGGAUCAAACCGACCAGAUCUCAUUGAAAUGUGUGAGAGUGGCACGUACCUAUUAGAAGGACUUGCUUCUUGCGAAAUUUACUGAGUAUUUUAUAUGAAAAGUGGCGAGAAAUGAACUUUACGAUGGAAUGUGUGAGAAGACGAAAGAGAGGAAUAAGAGAGAAAUGGGUGUAAGAGUGUAACGAAAAUCGACGAGUUUUUAUUGUAAGUAUCUCUUGUUCGUAAGCACCUUGUAAAUAUCGCUGUACCAUAAAUAACCGUGUACCCUACGAGUUCGACUCCUCCCCGAUCUCGAAUCGAAAAAGAAAUCAAAGCGGGACAAGAGGGUUAGUAUCGAAAGAAUGUCGUUGUUCAAGACUAUAUUAGGAGAAAAGACAGAGAAAAGAUGUAUGAAAAGAUGUGUGAAUUUUCGCUCGAAAGACUGAACAACCAAUGUUAGCAGUGGGAAAAAAGAAAAGACGAAAGUUUAUCGAAUCGAGUAAUGAAAUUGUAUUUACGAAACGUUAUCGAAUGAUUAUUAAUUAUAUACAGAUGAAUGAUGAGAGGUGAAAAAAGGGGUGUUUACAGGGAUUUUAAAUGUAGGGUUUCUAUCUAAUAUGGUGUAUUGACAAUCGACAUCGCGAGGGAAGUACGAAACAAUGUAUCGUUCUGUUAACGUUCUGGAGCGAGUCUGAAAUCUCGAACGUACGACUAAUGUUUCCAAUUUGUGUAACUAACCCUUAAAUGAUUUACAAUUAUAAUAAAUGAAUUACGAAAGGA